AAACAGAAAUAAUCCAAAGAUGAAGACGUUGAUGGUUGUCUUGGGCUUAUCCCUCAUCACCUUGUGUGUGGCUGAGGUCCUGCAUCUGGAUCAAAAGGCAAAGGACACCAAAAGCAUCCAGAGUCCAAGCGUCGCAUGUGCUUGUCACUGCGAGAUCCCGAAUUCGGAUGGCAAUUGUCUUAAAGCCUUGAAAGAAUUGGAGGACAAGCAGAUAAUCACUGAUAAGGAUCUGAGGAGUCAUAUCCAAGGUAACAAGGUGGCAUUUGGAGCAGCCAUGGGCAAUGUUGGAAAUGUUGGACCUUACAACCAGGAGAUCACACUGACUUACAAGACCGUCCUCUCAAACACGGGCUCAUACAACCCUGAUACAGGUAUUUUCACUGCUCCAGUCAAAGGAAUGUAUUACUUCAGCUUCUCUGGUCAUAAUUUAUCAAGUAAGCCAAUGGGGCUGCGACUAAUGAAGAAUGAAGAGCAGAUCGUUACCGUGUACAAUCAUCCAUCUCCUAUAAGCUAUGACACGGCAACUAACGGCAUGACUAUACCUCUUAAUGUGGGAGACCAGGUGUACAUGAGGCUCCGGGCGGGGACGUGGCUUGUUGAUAGUAUGAAUAACCACAGCACCUUCAUUGGAUUUCUGUUAUUCCCUUUCUGAGAAAAAUAAACUCCAGAGAGAGAAGAGAGAGUCAGUGAGGUGCAGUACAUUGUUACUUCAAUUUGGGUGUUGUUUAAUGAAUUAAAGUGUUAAUGAAAACACUGUGUGAUAAUAAAUCAAGUUAAACGGGAUCCUGAUCAAAACUUUGUUAAUUGAAAGUUUUAUAUUGAUUGAUGUUAUGUUUCUUUUUGUGUUGUGUUUCUUUUUAAUCAAUAAACACACUCCAGCAUCA